ACAACUUGAAUUGAAAUAAAUAUUUAAAGACAACCACACAAAACAAAAAAAAACUCCAUUAUCAUCACUAGCAGCAGCAGCAGCAUGAAGAAAGUCAUAAAGACACAACCUGAAAAACGUCCAUAUUGCAAACCGCAGAGACGUCAAAAAAUCAUUAAUCGUCCAGCUGAGGAAGCUCUUUGUAAAACUGAACGUAAAACUUUAGUGGCUGCUCAGCUAAAACCACGACCUUUGGUCGACUGUCCAUUCUAUAAUUUAAAAUAUAAAUACGAUGAAUUACCACUGGAUCCGGUUAAAGAGUUUAUCAUAGAGAAAAUUUCUCACAUGCAAUCGAAUGCCAUUACCGGACGCUGUAAUAAAGAAUUGGAAUUUCAUCAAUAUGAUAUAGAGAAUGUUGCAAGGCAAAAUGAUGAAUGUGAUGACGAUGAUGAUGAUUAUAAUAAUGAUGUUGAUGACAAUUUACAAAAAUUGCAAUUGAAAGACAUUGUCAUGCCACAGAAAUUUGAAAUGCUUCGUAAUAAGAAAUUACAUUUCUAUGGUUUUGAUGUUUGUGAUGAUCCAUGUCCCUGGCUAAACAAAUAUUUGAACGAACAGCCUACCGAAGAGUCGGUUUUUGCGGUAACCCAAACUCUUUUAGAUAUAUAUUGCACCCGGCGAAUACGUGUUUUUUAUUUUAAUUGUCGCACUAAAUCUGCCAUGUUUACCAAUGAAUUGAAGAAAUUACAUGGUGGUCCAACGGAUAUGAUUGGUGGUUAUAUUUACACCCUCGGCCAAACGUUUACGUUUACCUGCUUUAAAACCACCGAGAAAGGUUAAAAAUUUAAGGCGGGAGAUCAUUAUGCCUUAAGGACUCCGGAGGAAUGUCGCAAUGAACUGGCACGUAUGGGUAAAGUUAUCGAUGAAUUAAUUGCACCAACUUUACAACGUGCUAAGGCAGGACAACAGGAUCAACAAUCGAAGCCACCAAAGGGGAACAUCAACAACCUCUAUGUAGUAAAACAGGAGGUAAUAGAUGGCAGAAACAUGUUAAAAACAAAUCGCAAAGACUUUGCAACAAAUGAAGAAUUUCUGCUGCAUUUGAAACGUAUGGAAAAGGAAAAAUUCAAAUAUUUGGAAGGUUUUUUACCAGUUGAUCCUGAAGUUCAAAAAGCUUCGAUUUUAAAGGACUAUAAUGCUAGACUUGCAGAAUCGAGGAGAAAAUUCACGCCUCAGGUCGAAAAGCGUUAUAAGUGUCUAAUGAAACAUCUUUCCGUAUUAAGUUUGGAGACUUUUCCAUCUAAGUUGAUUAAGAAAGUUUUACCGAAUAUCAGUAGAAAACUUCAAUUUCUGCUAGAUGCUUAUAAGUUUGUUUGCCAAGAAGAGAAAUUGUGGCCAAAGCUGCAUCCUGAAGUUAUGCUAAUGGAUUAUCUUUUCACAAGUGAACGACAAAUACCCACCGAUGUAGCCGUGUUAAUUAUCUCAUGUCUUAUAGAUCUCCAAGAAGAUUUUCGUUAUUAUGUGAAACGUGCAUUUAUUCGAUAUUUACUCAGAUCUCCAUUGGAACGUAAACGUUUGCAAUUGGAGUUUGAACCGCCUGAAUUUCCCAUUAUGACCAUACGAGCACCAGUACCUUGGAAAGUUUAUGUACAAUUAGCACGAAAUCAUUUGGAUCAAGUACUAAUGACUACACAUCCCGUUAUACAAGCUUUAAAUUUACUCUGGCAUCAACUCUAUAAUGACUUGGUUAUUGUUGAUGUUUCCAAGAUUAUUCUACGUGAUAUACCCAUGAAUGCCGAUGAGUUAAUAAAUUUCAUAAAAGAAAGUUGUGACACUAUUAGAGAUUUGUUAUUGAACGAUUGGAUACCUCGUUGUGCUGAUAUGAUGGAUGUAAUGCGUAAAACUUGGAAGGAUUUAAUACCAAUGCGUGGCGGUUAUGGUGGACGUGCAGCCAUACUUUUUCGUUGUGUACAUGCUUUGAUGUCACAUCAUUUGGAAAGCUUAAUCACUAGAAGUUUAUCGUACUUGUAUAAGACUUUGGAGGAUUAUUUGGAGGGCAACGAUGUUGUUAAAUAUAAUAUGCAUGAUCCUAAAUUAAAGAGACGUCCUUUAAUGACUCUGAUUGUAUCUGUUAUUGGCACUCACUUUGAUAAUCCCACUAGAGAAGAUAUACCUGCAGAACAUACAAUACCGGCCAUAUAUGAAGAUCAUGAAGAUGAUGCUGAUCCGUUUUAUAAAAGACCGAGCGUAGUGUUAGUGGAAACGCCAGCCCUAGAAGUUGAUAAUCUAAGUAAAUUUCUUUUAAAAAAUAGUGGUAAAUUUCAUGCCUUUCCCUACAUAGGAUCACUGCCAGAAUUAUUUAUAGGCAUUUUUAAAAGUAUAUUAAGAGUGGGCUAUGAGAUACCACGUCUAGAGUAUGUUAUGUCAAAUGAACCGGAAACCUUUGGUUAUUUACAUUGCAUAAAUGAAAAUCAUCCUGAUAUUAUACUGCUUUAUGACAAGAUACAAAAAAUCGUGGAAAAUAAUUGGCGUGGUCCUAUAGUAUAUUUACUGCCUAUUUAUAAAUACUACUAUCCCUUGCUAUCCAAUAAAAUACAGCCAAUAGUAGAGAAAAUAUUUGUGCAACAUAUUUUACCAGAUUUGGUGUCAAUUGAAAAUGUUAUGAAAAAACUACGCUCUAUUAUUGAGGAAACAUAUAUUUUACGUGAUUUUAUACCAUUGAAUCUGUUCAUGUUGGAUAAUCGUCAUGUUAAGCAAUCGGUUGCAAUGUUGGUACAGAAUAUUUAUGAUUUUAUCAUUGACUUUUAUAUGGCUGUAAAUCUCAAUGAAAAUCGUGCGAUAUGUGAUGCUUUAGAAGAAAUGUCAAUGAAGGCAGGUGAACGUCCGGAAGAGACGGCAGAAGUUGUUGCAUUACAAAACUAUUUGGCAGAAUGUCGAGAUGAGAAAAUAUUUGCCAUAAAAGAUGAGAUAAAAGUUGUAUCAAAACGUGUUGUAUUCCUGCUGACACACACAAUAUUAACAAAUGAAGACAUACAUCUAAAUACACGUACAUUUAUUUUACCAUCUGAGCUGGAAGAAGUGCUGGAUUUAAGUGCAGCUCGCUUAAGUGUUGUUCGUGAUAAUUUGGAAUUCGCUUUGCGUGAAAAACGUAUUAAAUUCGAACAAUUAAUUUUAUAUGAAAAACGUCGUAUGGAUGGUUUCCGUGUUAAAGAAACACGUGAUGUUCUUACUUUGGAUGAGCUUAAAGAACGUGUCGAAACUGUCGAUGAAUUAUUUGAUAUUAUUGAGAAAUUAAGUCGUGAAGCGAAAGCAAUUAAUGUUGAAGAACAAUUGCUGCAAAUAGAUGUCUCACCGUUUGCCACACUCGUGGAAAUUGUUGAAAAAAUGGAGCCCAUCGAGAAACUAUGGAAAACGGCAUAUCAAUUUGAAAAGGAUCAUGCAAUAUGGAUGUACCAAAGAUUUCAAUGUUUAAAUGCGGAUGCCAUUGCAGAGGAAGUCGAGAAUAUGCACCGGAUUGUUUACAAACUCUCACGUCAGUUGGCUAAUAAUCCCACGGCUAAACGUGCAGCGGAACAAGUACGAGUAAAAAUUGAGAAAUUUCGUGUCUAUUUGCCGGUAUUGGAUGCCAUAUGCCGUCAUGGCCUAGAACAACGCCACUGGGAUAUGAUAUCGAAAUUUUUGGGCAAAGAUUGCAAUCCUGAUUUGUAUCCUUCCCUUAAGGAUAUGAUAGAUUGUGGCAUUAUGUCCAUAUUGCCGCAAUUGGAAGAAAUUUCAAUAGCAGCUGGUAAAGAAUAUGAUUUAAAUCAAGUGCUCGAUGGCAUGAAAAAAGAUUGGAAAGAUGUUUGUUUUGAUGUUUUGCAAUACCGUGAUUCGGAUACACAUAUUUUGGCAGCAUUAGAUGAUAUUCAGACAUUAUUGGAUGAUCAUAUUAUGCGUACGCAGGCUAUGAAAAGGUCACCGUUUAUAGCUGCCUUAGGUUCUAAAGCCGAUGAUUGGGAAAAUCGUUUGACACUUAUACAAAAUAUCAUAGAUACUUGGACUUCGGUGCAAAUUACUUGGAUGUAUCUGGAGCCUAUAUUUUCUUCCGAAGAUAUCAUGAGACAAAUGCCUUUAGAAGGUCGCAACUUUAAGGCAGUGGAUAAAAUUUGGCGUCGCAUUAUGCGUAAUACUGUUAGUGAUUUACAUGUUAUGGCAGCCACCGAAUAUCCCGAUAUGUUGGAGAUAUUUAAAAAGGCCGUAGCUGAUUUGGAGACUGUACAGAAGGGUUUGAAUACUUAUUUAGAACAAAAACGUUUAUUUUUUGCUCGUUUCUUUUUCCUAUCCAAUGAUGAAUUGUUGGAGAUUCUAUCGGAGACAAAAGAUCCUCUGAGAGUACAGCCUCAUUUGAAAAAAUGCUUUGAGGGGAUUUCUUUGUUGACCUUUGAUGAUAGCAUGGAAAUAACCCAAAUGAUUUCGGAUGAGGGUGAAAAGGUGUCGCUUGUAAGGAAAAUUAAUCCACAAUUGGCAAAUGGCUUAGUCGAACUAUGGCUCAAAGAAGUGGAGGCCACAAUGUUGGACAGUGUCAAAGAACAAAUGAAAUUUGCUUGGGAAGAUUAUUUCAUGGUUGAGCGUAUACAAUGGGUGGUUUCAUGGCCAGGACAAGUGGUAUUAGGAAUAUCCUGCAUGGCCUGGACAUAUGAGGUGGAAGAGGCUAUAGAAAACAAUACCCUACCACAAUAUCUCACCAAAUCAACAGAACAGAUAGCAGAUCUGGUUAAUCUAGUGCGCACAGAUUUAACCAGUAAUACAAGAAUAACUAUAGAAGCCCUUAUAGUGUUAGAUGUGCAUGAUCGUGAUGUUGUCUCUUAUUUGGCGGACAACAAGGUGUCUUCUCUGUUGGAUUUUGAUUGGAUGUCACAAUUACGCUACUACUGGAAAGUUACAGAAAAACGCGAGGAAUGGGUAUGUGUUAGUAUGGUUGUUACUGACGUCAAAUAUGGCAUGGAAUAUUUGGGCAAUACACCACGUUUGGUGGUAACACCAUUAACAGAUCGUUGUUAUAGGACACUAAUGGGCGCUUUGAAACUUUGCUUAGGCGGUGCACCGGAAGGACCCGCUGGUACUGGUAAAACAGAAACUACCAAGGAUUUAGCAAAAUCUGUAGCUAAAAAAUGUGUAGUGUUCAACUGUUCAGAUGGCUUAGAUUACAAGGCUUUGGGUAAAUUUUUCAAGGGUUUAGCACAAUCUGGCGCCUGGGCUUGUUUCGAUGAAUUCAAUCGCAUUGAAUUGGAAGUAUUGUCUGUGGUUGCUCAACAAAUAUUAACCAUACAAAGAGCGAUUGGUAGAAAAGUUGUUAAAUUCUUUUUCGAAGAUACAAUGCUACGUUUGGAUCCAACAUGUUCAAUAUUCAUAACAAUGAAUCCAGGUUACGCUGGUCGCACUGAAUUACCUGAUAAUCUCAAGGUAUUAUUUCGUACAGUGGCCAUGAUGGUGCCUGAUUAUGCAAUGAUUGGUGAAAUUACUCUCUACUCGAAUGGUUUUUACGAGGCACGUCAAUUGUCGCAGAAAAUCGUUCAGGCGUAUAAAUUGUGUUCGGAACAGUUGUCAUCACAAUCUCACUAUGAUUAUGGUAUGCGUGCCGUAAAAUCUGUGCUGUUGGCUUCAGCAUCAUUGCGUCGCAUGUACCAAAGUUUGCCCGAAGCACAAAUUGUUUUACGCGCCAUUGUUGAUGUAAAUUUACCGAAAUUCUUGGAACAAGAUGUUUCAUUAUUUGUUGGCAUUUACACGGAUCUCUUUCCCGGCAUCGAAUUGCCAAUG